AUGGAUCAACUAGCCACAAAAGUUGCUGAGAUUGAUCAAAGGUCUACAAAUAUCUUUUCUAGUGAUACAAUUCCAAAUCCAAGAGAGGAGUGCAAGGUUAUCACCUUGGUAAGUGGACUAGUGGCAGGUAAGGAAGCACAAGUUACUGAGGAACUAGUUGAAAAAGAAGCUCUAGAGAAGGCACAAGCCAAGGAGAAGCACACCCCUGAGAAGCACCCUGAUAAUCCUUUUCCAGUUAAUCUUGAGCAAUAUCCAGUGAAGUCUUCAGCACCUGAAUACAAUCCAAAGAUGCCAUAUCGUCAGAGGCUUCAAAAGAAGACCAAAGACAAGAAAUUUUCAAAGUUCUUGGAAUUCAUGAAGGAGUUGCUAUCCAAGAAGAGAACUUUAAAGAGAGAUGAGACAGUGGUUAUGACCAAGGAAUGUAGUGCCAUCAUUCAGAGCAAAUUGCCAAGAAAGAUGUUGGAUCCGGAAAGCUUUUAA